UUCAGUACUGUGUCGGCUAUAGGUUUGCGUGAGCCGGUGUUCGUAGGCUACAUCUGUGGCGAGGUACAGGUGCUCAAGUGCGCGGAAUUGUUUUAUUUGUAUUUUGUACAAGUGGACGGAAUAAGUCAUUAUCGCGGAAAUGUUUUAAUUAUUAAGUUACUCAUCACGCGAGGCACUGCAGUUAUAUUAAGCAUGGGAAACGGGAAGGUGUUCAAUUGGGGCAGUUGGUGGAUAUCCUUGAGUCUACUCUAUGGAAGUGUGUGGUCUUACAAACCUCCCAAUAUAUUAUUCAUUAUGGUGGACGAUAUGGGUUUCAACGAUGUGUCAUACCACGGAUCGGACCAGAUAUUAACGCCGAACAUCGAUGCUUUGGCCGCCCGGGGAAUAGUUCUACAGCAGUAUUACAGUGAGGCGAUAUGCACGCCUGCGCGGUCAGCGCUGCUUACUGGCAAAUACCCUAUGCGGACAGGGAUGUACGGAACACCUCUUUCCAACUCCGAAGAUCGAGGUAUACCAUUGACUGAGCGACUACUUCCAGCAUAUCUGAAAGACCUAGGUUACAGCACUCAUCUGGUAGGGAAGUGGCACGUCGGGAUGUCCAGGCGGCAGUACCUUCCCAUGUCUAGGGGGUACGACUCCCAUUACGGCAUGCGAGGUGGCUUCAUUGACUUCUACACACAUGAUAAAGUGGAAGUUUUUCCAGGUGACGUACAAUAUUUCGGACUGGAUAUGUACGAUGGCGACAUUUCCCAAGAAGAGGAAGAACGGUAUGCUGUUGAUGCAUUAACAGACAGGGCCAUAUCGAUCAUCCAGAACUACAACGAAUCUUGUCCGAUGUUCUUGCAUCUGGCACAUAACUCGCCUCAUGCUGGUAACGAAGGAGGCCUGCUACAGCCGCCGCUGCACUCAAACGUGAAGAGUCAGCACAUUGCUAACUCAAACAGACGACUAUAUGCAGAGAUGGUCAGACAUUUAGAUAGCAGCAUCGGUAGAGUUGUAAGAGCACUUGCAGACAAAGGAAUUUUGCAGGACACCAUAAUAACGUUCAUGUCUGACAACGGAGCUCCGACCGUUGGACAAUUUAAUAACUGGGGCGUCAAUCUGCCUUUUAGAGGAAAGAAGCAGACUCCAUGGGAAGGGGCAGUUAGAGUGCCAGCGUUUAUUUGGCAUUCGUCAUUAAAGCCUAAAGUAUGGCGUGGACUUAUGCAUAUAACCGAUUGGAUGCCAACUCUCCUGGCAGCCGCCGGUGGGCAGAUAACAAAAGAUAUAGAUGGAGUAAAUCAAUGGAACGCUAUAAUAAAUGGUGAAAAAUCUCAACGGAAAGAUGUUUUGAUAUCCAUUGAUGAUAGUGUAACAAAUACCUAUGCUUCAUAUAGACUGGGUGAUUAUAAAAUUAUAGUUGGGAAUGUAUCAGGUUUAAGUAAUGGAUAUUAUGGUGCCAACUUUAUGAUAAAUAAGGCUCCUCCGCCUGAAUAUUUUCCCGCUAUUAAGUCUUCUGAAGUAGCAAAAGUUUUUGAAAGCUAUGGAAUAUGUUUGGAGUAUGACGAAGUUAUUAAAAUGAGGAAAGCAAGUACUAUCAAACAAUUAGAUAAAGUUCAAGAUCUGGUUCCCUGCGAACCUAGUCCUAUUCAAGGUUGUUUAUACAAUGUGCGGCAAGACCCUUCGGAGAGUCAUGAUCUUUGGGAACGAUAUACCAAAGUUGCCAACUUACUUAAAAGCAGGUUGCGCGCCUUAUGGGCCAUGCGAGUGAGACGAGCUCCUGUAGUAAUAGACGAACGAGCGAACCCAGCGAAUUUUGGAUACAGGUGGCUUCCAUGGCUGAAUGAUACAGUGCUCAGUGAUAAUCAAAAUGAUACACCAUCAACUCAAAGUGUAAUUGCGAGUGAAACCCCUUCUUUAUUACCAAGUAAUAGCAGUGCUCCUUCCGACAGAACAGUUGCUUCAGUAAUAGGCUGUGAUAACCCUACAGGAUUCAUGAACUUCUUGUGUAUAUUAAGGAGUGUCGUCUAGUUCCAAAUAGGUCAAUAAAUAAUUAUACUUACUAUAAGUAUUGUGAUUUAUUUAUAAUAUUAAUUAGAUAUUUCUAGAAAUAUUUUUAUGUAAAUAAACUUCCUUAUUA